AUGGCUGGUGUACGUGUAACACACCUACAGCUAGUUCGUGGCACACUUAUGUGCCGCGGAACACCGGUUGAGAAACACUGCUUUAGAGUUUUAGACAAUAGUAUGAACUGCAAUUUUGUUGAAUCAAACGAGACUCUGUCGGAUUUAACAAAUUCUGUUAAAUUUAUGAGUGCCAAAUUUGAUGAUUUUGGUAAGCAGCUUAAAGAAGUACUAUUUAGUAUUAAAGAACUUAAUGAGGAGAAUAAAUUGCUAAAAGAAAAUAAUAUUAAGUUGAACUCUGAUAUCUACAAUCUAUCCAAGCGACUAAAUUUAUUAGAACAAAAAUCAAUCUUAAAUCAUGUUGAGAUAGUUGGUGUACCAGACUUGAAAAAUGAAAACUGCGGAAAAAUAGUGGAAGAUAUUGCAGCUGUAAUGGGUCAACCAGUGUCAGUAAAUAAGGCUUUUCGUAUAAGAUCAAAAAUACCAAAUAAACCGAUGAAGAUCAUAGCUGAACUUUCAUCAACGCAUCAGAAAAAAACCCUAAUGGAGUGUUCCAAAAAGAAAAAAAUUAAGGCAUGUACUAUAAAUGAAAACUGGGGAAAUGGAGACAAAGUUAAUACUUUUGUCAAAAUGUCAACAACAACAAAAGUUUUAAACUCAAAAAAUAAGAGAAUUCGAGAUUGGAUGACUGCUGGCCUUCUUUGCUCGGUGCACGUUAAACAAAAAUUAUCUUUAAAAGUUAAAAAAUAUCCAGAUAAUUUUAGACUUGCUAAAUAUUAUAAUAAAUAUAAAAAUAAAUUAACAACUAUUAUUCGAGCUGCAAAGGUUAACUACUAUAAAAAUAAAUUUCAGGAGGUUUCGUCUAAUCCAAAACUCACUUGGAAGUUAAUAAAUGAGAUUUUAGACAAGAAUAACAAUAAGAAUGAUGAUGUUGAAGUUGUUAAAUUAGAUGAUGUCAAAAAACUCAAAAUUGCAAAUAUUUUUAACAAUUUCUUUAUAAAUAUUGGUAACAGCCUAGCUUGUAAUAUUGAGGAGUCAUAUAAGUUUGAGGAGAACAUUACUCCUAUAUCUUAUAACAGUACAUUUAAUGAAAACAUUAAAGAAUCUGAUGUUCGACUAAUUAUAAGCCCUCUGACAUACAUAUAUAAUUUAAGUAUUAAAAAUGGUAUUUUUCCCGAGAAACUUAAAUUGACUAUAUUUAAACCAAUACAUAAAAAUGGGGAUAAAACCUGCGUAAACAAUUAUAGACCAAUUUCCAUGCUCAGCAAUUUUUCGAAAAUACUGGAAAAAAUUGUUAAAAACAGGCCAGGUUUAGGAACGGAAAAUGCUUUAUAUAGCGCAACACAUUUUAUUAAUAACGCACUAGACAACAGCAUGAAAGUUAUCGCGAUUUUUCUGGACUUGUCCAAAGCAUUUGAUACUGUUAAUCAUAAAAAAUUAAUUAAUAUUUUACCUAAUUUUGGUAUUACUCUAACAAGCCUAAGUUGGUUCACAAGCUACUUGGAGAACAGAAAGCAAACUGUUCGUAUUAAUGGUAUUACUGGUGUUGAUUUAUCUAUAACCUGCGGUGUUCCUCAAGGAAGUGUGUUAGGACCACUUUUAUUUAUAUUGUACAUUAAUCAUAUGUGUAAUUUGGAUAUUGACGGAAGAAUAGUAACAUAUGCGGAUGACACCUGCUUACUAUAUUACGGAGACUCUUGGGGCGAUGUUAGUACCAAAGCAACUCGAGAAUCCAAAGUUGUUGUGGAAUUUCUAAAACUUAGAAGUCUAUCUAUCAAUUUUAAAAAAACUAUGUUUAUGAACUUCUCGACAAAUAAUGUCAAAGAUAAUUUUGAUGAACUUAUGUUACAUUUCUGUGAAAAUGACACUUUGUGUAAUGACACAGUUUGUCUAAAAAUUUUUAGAGUAUCCAGUACCUGA